CGCGCGUGCGCGGCGCGGGCUUGGGAGGGAGCACGUCACUUCCUGUUGCCUUAGGGGAACGUGGCUUUCCCCGCAGAGCCGGUGUCUCUGUCUGCGUCCCUGUUGCAGCAACCGGAGCUAGAAUCGGAUCCCGAACGCACCCUCGCCAUGGACUCGGCCAUCAGCGAUCCGCAUAACGGCAGCGCCGAGGCAGGCGGCCCCACCAACGGCACGACGCGGCCGCCUUCCACGCCCGAGGGCAUCGCGCUGGCCUAUGGCAGCCUCCUGCUCAUGGCGCUGCUGCCCAUCUUCUUCGGCGCCCUGCGCUCGGUACGCUGCGCCCGCGGCAAGAAUGCUUCGGACAUGCCUGAAACGAUCACCAGCCGGGACGCCGCCCGCUUCCCCAUCAUUGCCAGCUGCACACUCCUGGGGCUCUACCUCUUUUUCAAAGUUUAUUUUCCCAAUAAAAGUUACACAGGCUCAGUGUUGAAAACCUGGAAAACACAGAAAAGUAAAAAGGGGAAAACAGCAGCCAUCCAAAACCCCACUACCAGAGACAGCCACAGUUUCCCUUCGGAGAUAUUCUCCCAGGAAUACAUCAACCUCUUGCUGUCCAUGUAUUUCUUCGUGCUGGGAAUCCUGGCCCUGUCCCACACCAUCAGCCCCUUCAUGAAUAAGUUUUUUCCAGCCAGCUUUCCAAAUCGACAGUACCAGCUACUCUUCACACAGGGUUCUGGGGAAAACAAGGAAGAAAUCGUCAAUUAUGAAUUUGACACCAAGGACCUGGUGUGCCUGGGCCUGAGCAGCAUCGUUGGUGUCUGGUACCUGCUGAGGAAGCACUGGAUUGCCAACAACCUUUUUGGCCUGGCCUUCUCCCUUAAUGGAGUAGAGCUCCUGCACCUCAACAAUGUCAGCACUGGCUGCAUCCUGCUGGGCGGACUCUUCAUCUAUGAUGUCUUCUGGGUAUUUGGCACCAAUGUGAUGGUGACAGUGGCCAAGUCCUUUGAGGCACCAAUAAAAUUGGUGUUUCCUCAGGAUCUGCUGGAGAAAGGCCUCGAAGCGGACAACUUUGCCAUGCUGGGCCUUGGAGAUAUUGUGAUUCCAGGGAUCUUCAUUGCCUUGCUGCUGCGUUUUGACAUCAGCUUGAAGAAGAAUACCCACACCUACUUCUACACCAGCUUUGCGGCCUACAUCUUUGGCCUGGGCCUUACCAUCUUCAUCAUGCACAUCUUCAAGCAUGCCCAGCCCGCCCUCCUGUACCUGGUCCCCGCCUGCAUCGGUUUUCCUGUCCUGGUGGCACUGGCCAAGGGAGAAGUGACAGAGAUGUUCAGCUACGAGUCCUCGGCGGAAAUCCUGCCUCAUACCCCGAGGCUCACCCACUUCCCCACAGUCUCGGGCUCCCCAGCCAGCCUGGCCGACUCCAUGCAGCAGAAGCUAGCUGGCCCUCGCCGCCGGCGCCCGCAGAAUCCCAGCGCCAUUUAUGAGGAGUCAAAUCCAAAGGAUCCAGCAGCAGUGACAGAAUCCAAAGAGGGAACAGAGGCAUCAGCGUCGAAGGGGCUGGAGAAGAAAGAGAAAUGAUGCGACUGGUGCCCGAGCCUCUCAGGGCCAGACCAGACAGAUGGGGGCCAGGCCCAUACAGGCGUGCACGGGCAGAGGGCACAGGAAGCCGAGGGCAGCUCCAAAACAGGCCAGGGGACAGCAGAAUACCUCCAGCCAGGCCUCUGUGGCCUCUGUUUCCCUCUCCCUCUCCUGGCCCUCCUCUGCUUCUCCCCACACCCUGCAGGCAAAAGAAACCCCCCAGCUUCCCCCAUCCCUGGGAGCCCGGUGGGAAAAGUGGGUGUGAUUUUUAGAUUUUGUAUUGUGGACUGAUUUUGCGUCACAUUAAAAACUCAUCCCAUGGC